GCAUUAUCUUUGAUGGCUUAUCUAUUGCUCUAUACUCUAUCUGGCUGUGAGUCAGUCUCUCUCCCUAGUCCAUUCUCUCCCAGCUUUUUUAGGCUUAGGGAAGCUACAAACUGAAAUUGAAUCGGUUGAAUUUAUGGCAUUGGCGGUUGCCCACCCCCCGCCCCCGGCAGCCUACUGUCGCUGUGAUGAGGCUUCUCACCUCUCCCGCACCGCUCUCCAUUUCUAUCAUCAUCAAAAGAAGACAAACCGCUGCAGUUGGCUUCGCGCCGGAGGAACCGGUGCUCUCCAUCUUGCUGGGACUAAACCAGUGGAACUCAGAGCGGGAUGGAUGAGGAGGCCGCGGAGCCGCCCCAUCGUGGCGUCUUUAGGAGGUCUCUUCGGAGGGAUCUUCAAGUCCACUGAUUCCGGCGAGUCCACAAGACAGUUGUACUCCUCCACCCUCGCACUUAUUAACGCCUUCGAUUCCCAAAUGUCUUCUUUAUCAGACUCCCAAUUGAGAGACAUGACUGCCACUUUACAACAACGUGCCCGUAGCGGUGAAUCUUUGGACUCUCUUUUACCUGAAGCAUUUUCUGUUGUAAGAGAGGCUUCAAAAAGGGUUCUAGGACUUCGUCCUUUUGAUGUGCAACUAAUAGGGGGCAUGGUUCUUCAUAAGGGAGAAAUAGCUGAAAUGAGGACCGGAGAAGGAAAGACACUUGUAGCUAUAUUACCUGCUUAUUUGAAUGCAUUGACUGGAAAAGGAGUUCAUGUGGUUACAGUAAAUGAUUAUUUAGCUCGAAGAGAUUGUGAAUGGGUUGGUCAAGUUCCUCGGUUUCUCGGACUUAAAGUUGGCCUGAUCCAACAAAAUAUGACAAGUGAGCAGAGGAGGGAAAAUUAUCUCUGUGACAUCACAUAUGUGACUAAUAGUGAGCUGGGUUUUGAUUACCUGAGAGAUAAUCUUGCCACGACUGUGGAUGAGCUUGUGUUGCGACGUUUUAAUUACUGUGUGAUUGAUGAGGUUGAUUCUAUCCUAAUUGAUGAAGCCAGGACUCCUCUUAUCAUAUCUGGACCUGCUGAAAAACCAAGUGAUCGGUAUUAUAAAGCUGCUAAGAUAGCUGCUGCCUUUGAGCAAGAUAUACAUUACACUGUUGAUGAGAAGCAAAAAACUGUUCUACUCAUGGAGCAAGGUUAUGCAGAUGCUGAGGAAAUUCUAGAUGUGAAAGAUUUAUAUGAUCCUCGAGAACAGUGGGCCUCAUAUUUAUUGAAUGCAAUAAAAGCAAAAGAACUUUUUCUUAGAGAUGUGAACUAUAUCAUUCGUGGCAAGGAGGUUCUUAUAGUUGAUGAAUUUACUGGUCGGGUCAUGCAGGGGAGGCGAUGGAGUGAUGGGCUUCAUCAGGCAGUUGAAGCAAAAGAAGGCUUACCAAUCCAAAACGAGACUGUAACAUUGGCUUCAAUCAGCUACCAGAACUUCUUUCUCCAGUUUCCAAAGCUGUGUGGUAUGACUGGCACUGCUGCAACAGAGAGUGCUGAGUUUGAGAGCAUAUACAAUCUUAAAGUUACAAUUGUCCCCACAAACAAGCCCAUGAUUAGGAAGGAAGAGUCAGAUGUAGUGUUCAGGGCAACUACAGGAAAGUGGCGGGCUGUGGUUGUGGAGAUCUCUAGAAUGCAUAAAAUAGGUCGGCCUGUACUUGUUGGUACAACCAGUGUUGAGCAAAGUGAUGCACUGUCAGAACAACUGCAUGAGGCUGGAAUCCCCCAUGAGGUUCUCAAUGCUAAACCUGAAAAUGUGGAAAGAGAAGCUGAAAUUGUGGCACAGAGUGGUCGUCUUGGGGCUGUUACAAUUGCAACUAACAUGGCAGGUCGCGGUACCGAUAUUAUCCUUGGUGGUAAUGCAGAGUUCAUGGCAAGGUUGAAGUUAAGAGAGAUGUUAAUGCCAAGGAUCGUUAAACCAGCUGAAGGGGUCUUUGUUUCUGUAAAGAAACCUCCUCCAAAGAAGACAUGGAAGGUGAAGGAUAGUUUAUUUCCAUGUGAGUUAUCUAAAGAAAGUUCUAAGCUAGCUGAGGAAGCUGUGCAACUAGCUGUAAAAACAUGGGGCCUGAGAUCCUUGACUGAACUUGAAGCAGAGGAGAGACUUUCUUAUUCCUGUGAAAAGGGUCCUGUAAAAGAUGAAGUAAUAUCAAAACUUCGUAAUUCUUUUUUGGAAAUUAUGAGAGAAUAUAAAUACUAUACCGAGGAAGAGAAAAGGAAGGUCAUAUCAGCUGGUGGACUCCAUGUAAUUGGUACUGAGCGGCAUGAGUCACGUCGAAUCGACAAUCAGCUGCGAGGUCGAAGCGGUAGGCAGGGAGAUCCUGGAAGUUCACGUUUUUUCCUUAGCCUUGAAGACAACAUAUUCCGUAUAUUUGGUGGGGAUCGCAUACAGGGUUUGAUGAGAGCAUUUAGAGUGGAGGACCUACCAAUUGAAUCAAAAAUGCUGACAAAAGCACUAGAUGAAGCUCAGCGGAAAGUUGAAAACUACUUUUUUGAUAUUCGUAAGCAAUUGUUUGAAUAUGAUGAGGUUUUAAACAGCCAAAGAGAUCGUAUCUACACAGAGAGGAGGAUGGCCCUAGAAGCAGAUGAUCUCCAACCACUACUUAUUGAAUAUGCUGAAUUGACAAUGGAUGACAUACUAGAGGCAAAUAUCAGUCGUGAUUCUCCAAGAGACACCUGGGAUUUUGAGAAGCUUAUUGCUAAACUUCAACAGUAUUGCUAUCUUUUGAGUGAUUUGAACCCCACUUUGCUGGCUGAUAAAUUCUCAAAUUAUGAGGAAAUGCGGGAAUAUCUUAGGUUACGCGGAAGGGAAGCAUAUCAACAGAAAAGGGACAUUGUGGAGAAACAAGCUCCAGGAUUGAUGAAGGAGGCAGAAAAGUUCUUAAUUUUGAACAACAUUGAUAGAUUGUGGAAGGAGCACUUGCAAGCACUCAAAUUUGUUCAGCAAGCCGUAGGCUUACGUGGAUAUGCCCAAAAGGAUCCCCUCAUUGAGUAUAAGCUUGAAGGCUACAACCUUUUCAUUGAGAUGAUGGCACAGAUAAGGAGGAAUGUUAUAUAUUCUGUCUACCAGUUUCAACCAGUCUUGGUAAAGGAACAAGACCAAAAAGGUCAAAAUACAGAAAAUGUCGAUGCAAAUGGGAGGGGAGGCAAUGAGAAGAAGAGCAAAGAUGAAGUUGCUAAUAAUCUCACAGCCUAGUGUAUGAGACACCCAAGAUCGAAUGAAUGCAAAUGGGAGGGGAGGCAAUGUGAAGAAGAGCAUAGAUGAAGUUGCUAAUAAUCUCACAGCCUAGUGUAUGAGACACCCAAGAAAGAAUGAAUUAUUGACAUGGUAAGAGUUUUGGUGGAUUCUUGUAUUAAAAUGCCAUACUGAAGACAAAAUGUCAAAAUGUAGAAGGGGAGGAGGUGAUGGAAAGGAACAUAAUGUGAGGAGACUUCGUUUAGCUAAUAAGUCUACCGAGUUCUUGAACAUAAA